UCAUUGGAUUGGAUUUAUAUAGCGAUUUUUGUUUCUAGACACUUACCACGUUUUUUUUUACAAGGGAACUCACCUCGUCUAUCACCCAGAUCAGAAUAUAAUAUAAUAUUGUAGAUUGUUAGAUAGUUUUGUUUAAUAUUUUAAAACAGAGAAUAAAAUAAAGGCUAUCAACAGUAGUUUAUUAGGCCUACAAUCGAUCUUUCGGAGGAUGCAAACUGUAUAAAUGAGAAUUAUUAUAAGAUCUACUUUGCAGGCCUACUAAAUGUCAUGUCACUACUGUGCAUGAGGGUAACGGGUUGGUUUGGGGGGAUUUCGCUCUCUCUGCAUUCCGUUGCUCAUAUCCCUCCCACAGCGGGUCCGGUUUAGGUCUCUGUAGCCCCACCUCCGAGGAACUGGCCUCGCCAGAACAGUAGGCUACCGCCGAUUAGCUGGCCGCCCCCCUCCCAAGGAAACACUGGCCAGAAGAGAGGCUCUGCCGCCGUUCAGCUCGUUGUUUAUUCGUCUGGGUAGGGUGUACUGCUGCCGCCAUGGCCGACGAAGGCAUGGAUGAACGGUCUCCGCUGCUCUCAGCACCGAACUCCGGGAAUGUCUCACCGUUGGAACCGCCGGCAUACCUGCAGGACACGAGUCCAAGAGCUGAACUCCCUCCCCCCUACACAGCCAUCGCCAGUCCCGACCCAGGGGGGGUACCCGUCAUCAACUGCCGGGUGUGUCAGUCUCUCAUUAACCUGGAUGGCAAGCUGCAGCAGCACGUGGUGAAGUGCACUGUGUGCAACGAGGCCACGCCCAUCAAAAACCCCCCGACUGGGAAGAAGUAUGUACGCUGUCCCUGUAACUGCCUCCUCAUCUGCAAAGACUCAUCUCGGAGGAUAGGAUGCCCUAGACCCAACUGCAGACGCAUCAUCAACCUGAGCCCGGUGAUGGUGAUUCCAGAGGAGCAGCCGGCCCAGCCAGCCCUGCCAGUCCAGCCUGAGGGCACGAGGGUGGUCUGUGGCCACUGUGGAAACACCUUCCUCGGUAACGAGGACUCUGCAACGGCCCCUUCUGAUCUCCAUGACAACAGCACCUCCACAGACCAGUGGAUGGAGCUUCGAUUUAACACACUAGCAAAAUGCCCUCACUGCAAAAAAAUAUCGUCUGUGGGUAGUGCUCUUCCAAGGAGGCGUUGUUGUGCCUACAUCACUGUGGGAAUGAUCUGCAUCUUUGUCGGAGUGGGAUUAACAGUGGGCACUCAGGACUUUGCCAGUCGUUACCAUGCCACCUAUGUGUCCUGGGCGUUCUCCUACCUCCUGGGUCUGAUCUGUCUGAUACGAGCUUGUUACUGGGGUGCCAUUAAAGUCAGCUAUCCAGAGAACAGCUUUUCCUAGACAGACAGACAGACAGACAGAGAGACAGAGAGACAGACAGACCAUCGAAGUCAGCUAUCCAGAGAACAGCUUUUCCUGGACAGACAGACAGACAGACAGACAGACCGUUGUACUGUGUUUCUACCUUUUAGUUGUUUAUGUUGUUAUUAUUCAGAUGAGGACGGAGGUCAGUCUGGUCCAGUCCUGAUCCAGGAGAAAACAGAACUCCAGCCCUGGUUUUGAAAUUAACUCUGAAAACUUUUUUUUUUUUAUGCAGAUCAGAAAUUGAGAUCUUUAUAAUUGUUUAAUUGGUUUGAUUUAUCAAUUAUAGUGAUGUAAUUAACAUUGAAACUGGACUUUGAUAAAUAUGAUGAUUUUAAUAAGAAGCCGGACAGCUGGGCCGUCUCUCUCCUGGACCAGGGAAAGGAUUUGACUGACUGACAGACAUGGCGUUCCCAACCAGACCAAAUUAAAUUAACAACAAUUUUGACAAUUGCACUACAAUUAUAGUCAAUUAUUAUGUUCAGUUGCUGCUAGUUAUCAUGUCCUAGUGUUUCACUCUGCCUUCACUAUACUGUUAUCAUGUCCUAGUGUUUCACUCUGCCUUCACUAUACUGUUAUCAUGUCCUAGUGUUUCACUCUGCCUUCACUAUACUGUUACUGUCCUAGUGUUUCACUCUGCCUUCACUAUACUGUUAUCAUGUCCUAGUGUUUCACUAUACUGUUACUGUCCUAGUGUUUCACUCUGCCUUCACUAUAUUGUUACUGUCCUAGUGUUUCACUCUGCCUUCACUAUAUUGUUACUGUCCUAGUGUUUCACUCUGCCUUCACUAUACUGUUACUGUCCUAGUGUUUCACUCUGCCUUCACUAUACUGUUAUCAUGUCCUCGUGUUUCACUCUGCCUUCACUAUACUGUUACUGUCCUAGUGUUUCACUCUGCCUUCACUAUACUGUUACUGUCCUAGUGUUUCACUCUGCCUUCACUAUACUGUUAUCAUGUCCUCAUGUUUCACUAUACCUUCACUAUACUGUUACUGUCCUAGUGUUUCACUCUGCCUUCACUAUACUGUUAUCAUGUCCUAGUGUUUCACUAUACUGUUACUGUCCUAGUGUUUCACUCUGCCUUCACUAUAUUGUUACUGUCCUAGUGUUUCACUCUGCCUUCACUAUACUGUUACUGUCCUAGUGUUUCACUCUGCCUUCACUAUACUGUUAUCAUGUCCUAGUGUUUCACUAUGCCUUCACUAUACUGUUAUCAUGUCCUAGUGUUUCACUCUGCUUAACCUUCACUAUACUGUUAUCAUGUCCUAGUGUUUCACUCUGCCUUCACUAUACUGUUAUCAUGUCCUAGUGUUUCACUCUGCCUUCACUAUACUGUUAUCAUGUCCUAGUGUUUCACUCUGCUUAACCUUCACUAUACUGUUAUCAUGUCCUAGUGUUUCACUCUGCCUUCACUAUACUGUUAUCAUGUCCUAGUGUUUCACUAUGCCUUCACUAUACUGUUAUCAUGUCCUAGUGUUUCACUCUGCCUUCACUAUACUGUUAUCAUGUCCUAGUGUUUCACUCUGCCUUCACUAUACUGUUAUCAUGUCCUAGUAUUUCACUCUGCUUAACCUUCACUAUACUGUUAGAAUGUCCUAGUGUUUCACUCUGCCUUCACUAUACUGUUAUCAUGUCCAAGUAUUUCACUCUGCCUUCACUAUACUGUUACUGUCCUAGUGUUUCACUCUGCCUUCACUAUACUGUUACUGUCCUAGUGUUUCACUAUGCCUUCACUAUACUGUUAUCAUGUCCUAGUGUUUCACUCUGCUUAACCUUCACUAUACUGUUAUCAUGUCCUCGUGUUUCACUAUACCUUCACUAUACUGUUACUGUCCUAGUGUUUCACUCUGCCUUCACUAUACUGUUAUCAUGUCCUAGUGUUUCACUAUACUGUUACUCUCCUAGUGUUUCACUCUGCCUUCACUAUACUGUUACUGUCCUAGUGUUUCACUCUGCCUUCACUAUACUGUUAUCAUGUCCUAGUGUUUCACUCUGCCUUCACUAUACUGUUAUCAUGUCCUAGUAUUUCACUCUGCUUAACCUUCACUAUACUGUUAGAAUGUCCUAGUGUUUCACUCUGCCUUCACUAUACUGUUAUCAUGUCCAAGUAUUUCACUCUGCCUUCACUAUACUGUUACUGUCCUAGUGUUUCACUCUGCCUUCACUAUACUGUUACUGUCCUAGUGUUUCACUCUGCCUUCACUAUACUGUUACUGUCCUAGUGUUUCACUAUGCCUUCACUAUACUGUUACUGUCCUAGUGUUUCACUCUGCCUUCACUAUACUGUUACUGUCCUAGUCUUUCACAGCAUACCUAACGACUUCUUCUCCAUCAUCAAUAGCCUUCUCAUAGCCUUCUCAUCAUUGGAUGUUCUCAUCAUGAGAUGUUGUUUUAAACACACUAUACAUGUUCUAGUUUUACAUGAGGUUUCUGUUUCAGAAAGGAAAGGUACUGUUGAAAUGUUCUGGGCCCAAAAACACCCUAAGGCUAUAGUUCAUGGUUAGAACCAUAGGAUGCUUUUGGUAAACCGGGCCCCUUAUCAUUAUCCUUAACUGUCCAGCUCUCCCACCUCUGCUACGAGAAUGUAGCUGACUUCUUGCUUAUUGCCUGAUUGUUUCCUGAAGCUAGUGAAACCUAGCUAGUGUUGCGGUAGAUAUGCAAUCCUGUCUUGGCAAAAUAGGCACAAUCUCUUAACUAAUCUUGUUCUGAAUGUGAUGAUGAAACAGAAGUCUCUUCUUGUACAUAGUUAAUUCAGCGAAUUGACACUGUAGCUUGGAAUAAUAAAACAUUUAAAAACAUAAUUUAUCAAUAAAAUCAACAAAUGUGACUCUCUGUU